AUGAUCAUUAAACAUUCAGGUGUUUUUGCUGCAGGUGUUACUAGUUCAUUGUUGGUUGGAGUGCAUUUGUUAGCUGAAAAAAGAAUUUUGGCAAGAUUUUAUGAAUUAGAAAAAGAGAAAAAGGUUGAAACAGUUCCGGUUCUAGUUUUGAAUGCCACUUGGCAUGCAGUGACAGCAAUCUUAUUGGCUUCAGGUAUUGUUUUCACAUGCAAUGGAUUAGGAUUAGAUAAAUUUACAUUGUUCGGAAAUAAGUUACUUUCUACAUCCUCUGAUAGUGUAGAUGUCAUGAGUAAAUUAAAUUUAGGACUGUCACUUGUCUUGAUCUACAUGAAAUUCAAACCAAGAAAUGAUAAUAAGGAAGGAUUUUUGCAGAGAAUAUUACAAAUGCCUCAAUCGAUUGCUUUCCUAACCAUGUUUUUCUUAACCAGACAAUAA